AUGCAGUGCGAGGCUGCAUCUGGCCCUUGUCAACGUCUGGUGGAGACGCAGUGCGAGGAUGCAUCUGGCACUUGUCAACGUCUGGUGGAGUUGCAGUGCGAGGCUGCACCUGGCACUUGUCAAUGCCUGGUGGAGACGCAGUGCAAGGCUGCAUCUGGCACUUGUCAACGUCUGGUGGAGUUGCAGUGCGAGGCUGCAUCUGGCACUUGUCAAUGCCUGGUGGAGACGCAGUGCGAAGCUGCAUCUGGCCCUUGUCAACGUCUGGUGGAGACGCAGUGCGAGGAUGCAUCUGGCCCUUGUCAACGUCUGGUGGAGACGCAGUGCGAGGAUGCAUCUGGCCCUUGUCAACGUCUGGUGGAGACGCAGUGCGAGGCUGCAUCUGGCACUUGUCAACGCCUGGUGAAGACGCAGUGCGAGGCUGCAUCUGGCACUUGUCAACGUCUGGUGGAGACGCAGUGCGAGGCUGCAUCUGGCACUUGUCAACGCCUGGUGGAGACGCAGUGCGAGGCUACAUCUGGCAAUUGUCAACGUCUGGUGGAGACGCAGUGCGAGGCUGCAUCUGGCAAUUGUCAACGCCUGGUGGAGACGCAGUGCGAGGAUGCAUCUGGCCCUUGUCAACGUCUGGUGGAGACGCAGUGCGAGGCUGCAUCUGGCAAUUGUCAACGUCUGGUGGAGACGCAGUGCGAGGCUGCAUCUGGCACUUGUCAACGCCUGGUGGAGACGCAGUGCGAGGAUGCAUCUGGCACUUGUCAACGUCUGGUGGAGACGCAGUGCGAGGCUGCAUCUGGCACUUGUCAACGCCUGGUGGAGACGCAGUGCGAGGCUGCAUCUGGCAAUUGUCAACGUCUGGUGGAGACGCAGUGCGAGGCUGCAUCUGGCACUUGUCAACGUCUGGUGGAGACGCAGUGCGAGGCUGCAUCUGGCAAUUGUCAACGUCUGGUGGAGACGCAGUGCGAGGCUGCAUCUGGCAAUUGUCAACGCCUGGUGGAGACGCAGUGCGAGGAUGCAUCUAGCCCUUGUCAACGUCUGGUGGAGACGCAGUGCGAGGCUGCAUCUGGCAAUUGUCAACGUCUGGUGGAGACGUAG